AUGAACUCCAAACUAAUAAUCGCCGUUGCAUCUGCCCUAUUUGGAACCGUCAAUGCAGUACCAACUACUUAUUCAAACUCCUCCAUCACUCCAGUCGAUUUUGUCUCGGGUACAUACCCGGACGCAACACCAGUGGACGUCCAUCCAAGAUGUCCAAACUUAAACUUCAACUGGAAAAACCAGGGCACUGUUUAUCCUCCAGCAGCGGGUGAAGUCACCUCCGCUGAAUCUUUAGGAAACGGUGAUUACGAAAUCGUUUUCCAGUUCCAUGCUGCUGACUGUCCUCCAAUCUCUAACUUGGACCAACUUGCAAUCAUCGGUGUCGACUCCCCAGAGAAACAAACAUACCUCCUACACGAUUCAAACCAAAAGAUAAACAGAAUCGUCGACUCCUGCAGCUGGGCUGCAAAGUUUGUCGUUUAUGGCGAAAAGGAAAACAACAAAGUAUGUGUUCCUGGUUUCCAAAUCCACUACUCGUGGUUCUCUGGCUUGGCGUCCUCCGAAUACGCAUCCUCAUUCAAGUACAACGAAGCUUACGAAUAUUCAAUGGGUUGUGUCCAUGAUAACAACAACAACGCCCAAACAGACUUCCCUCAAUACUGCUUUGACGCUGACAUCUUACCUUCAACUCCUUCUAACUCGUCCUCCAUCCCAGCUACUUCUGCUCCUGCAUCUACCUCUUCUGCUCCUCAAACUUGUUUACCUGCUUGGUCCCAAUGUGGCGGCCAAGAUUGGUUGGGCAUAUCCGAAUGUUGUGGCGACUUUGUAUGCGAAAAAUCAAACGACUACUACUCCCAAUGUGUUCCAAAGCAAACUACCUUGUCCUCUUCAGCUCCUUGUACAAUUACCUUGACUCGUUCUAGUUCUUCCUCUACUGCUACCGCAUCAGAAGUAACUUUACCUGCAAGUCAAGCUGAAUUGUACUACCAAUGUGGCGGUAAGAGCUGGUCCGGCCCAACAGCUUGUGUCGAAGGCGCAACCUGUUCCUCUAUGAACCCAUGGUACUACCAAUGUGUCCAAACUGCUUAUUGA